AUGGGAAAAGCUGGGCAAAUCGAAGCUCCAAUCGAUUCAAAUGAAUUUCAACAGCUUUACAUACCGUCGAGAUUACGUCCUUUUGCUGCUAAUUUAUCUGACAGUAAUAUUCUUGGUGGUAAUCGGACUAAUGCACUUCAUCUCAAUAAAUCAACACUACAUGAUGUCGUUUCUAACAUUGCAGUUCUUCAUGUUGACCCAGAAGUCAAAAAUUCAAAUCAAGGCCUGAACUAUUAUAAACAUAUCUUCAAGAUUGAAUUAGGUAGUUGCAUGUUGAAGGAUCUUCUUUAUAUUGGAUCAAAUACUAUUCCAAAAUUUCACAAACUCAGGUUCAUUCUUUUUACUUAUCGACGAGUUGUAGAAACAGAUUUAAAGAACCUCAUUAAAGAAGGUGCUAUUAUAGAACUAAUCAAUAUUUCAAAAUUGGCAGCACCUACUCUUGUAGUAACCAAACUUGGCGGUUAA